GCUUAAAAGGAAUAUUGAUAUCAUUUUGUUUCUUUUUCUUUUCUUCUCGUUGUUUUACCAGAAAAAAUAAUAAUAAACAAGAACUGUAAACGCCAAAGUAAAAAAAAAAAUGAGCAAACCGGCAUCACAAAGCUCGUUACACAAUGAUAAUGCUACUGACAGCAACAACACACAACCACAACCAAAAUGGAAAACACUAUUGACAAGAAUACUACGUCCUCCUCCCUUUGGAAAAAUACGAAAACCACUCAAGACGUCACUUGCAAUGCUUAUUGGAAUUAUAAUGACUUUGAACAAUCGCUGCCGAGAGGCCAUUGGUCAAGGUACAUUGCUCAUUUGCAUCGUGCUUGUGUUUUACUUUCCUUCCAGACCUUUUGGCGUGGUGUUUGAGGAUGUUAUGUUUGGUACAUUAGGUGCAUUAUUUGCCUCAGCGUAUAGUUUUCUGGCAAUGUACUGUGCCGACUUGGCACGCGAUCCGGCGGAUCCAGUAACUGUUCAACCCGAGUCUAGUGCUGUCCUGGCCAUAUUUUUCCUUGUAGCCGUGUUUUUGUUCAGUAUAACUCGACUAAAAGUACCAAAAGCCAAUUUCGGAUGUGUCAAUGGAUGUAUAGUACUUUCAUUUACAAUGACCGAAAGCUCUGUAAUGCGUGGUUUCCAACCUAGCUUGGUUUGGUCCUUUAUGAUCCCUGUUGCCGUGGGCGGCAUCAUUGCUCUCGGUAUUGCAGCAUUGAUCUGGCCUGACGACAGUAUCAGCAACUACAUGAAUAUUCUUCAAAAGGCUUUGGAAGGACAGAAUCUUUUUUUCAAAGAGCAUGCCGAAGGUUUCUUAUCAACGUCACCAACUGGAAUCAACACGACGCUACCAUCACUACACGACCGUGUACAAAGCAGCAUCUUGUUAUUGAUCGACAGCAAACGCGCCGUGCACCGGGACAUACUCUUCUCCCGACUGAACGGCAAAGAUAUCAGUAGAAUCACCAAACUCGUCAAGGCAAUGAGGAACCCGUUACACGGUAUUGGUGUAAGCCAAAUCAUGAAACGCGAUUUCUUGCGGUACAGUGUACAAAGCAUGGGAGAACAAGUUAUACAUGAUGAAACUGUUGAAAAGCAAAUUGAUCGAGAAAACGACGACUUGUUGACUGCACUUGGAAAUCUCAAACCCGUAUUCCAGCAAUUGACGGACGCACUCCAUGACGCGAUGGACGACUGUAUCGCAAGGUUUCGGAUGCUCCACGCGGUUCCUGCUCGUAGUAGUAUUAACAGUUUGCUUUGGCCGUUUCCGCGUCUACUUUAUACCCAUCGACUACGCAAAUCUGUACCAGCAACAACAGCAUCGCUGCAUAACAUCACCUCCGACCAACUUGAAGAUCUGUUAAAAGAAUCUCAUCGCGCUGUGAACCAGAAAAUGGAGACAGUGCUGGCAACACAUUGGGAAACGCCGCUACGACGCCAUUUUAGCGGCCUGCAUUUGAUCUCACUCUAUCGAUUUGGUAUUCAAGAAUAUGCCGGCACUGUCAUUGAGCUACUCAAAUUUGUUGAAGAGGCCGAAACCACGCGAACACAAAGGCGUCUUUGGUUUCCGUCAAACAAGUCGGUUAGGAAAUGGCUGACGGAUACAGAAGCUACUUGGACGUCUUCGGCAGCACAUAAGGAAGGUGAAGACUUGGAUGAUCAUAGUGGCAAUGAUGAUCCAACAGAUUUGACCCUGGUGCGGACGCACACUCGAGCACGCGAUGUGCCUGGCGGUGAUUAUAGCACUCAUAACGACGGUAAUCAUGCAGGUACGGGUGGCGGCGCAUUUGUUUUUUCGUCCACUGGGAAGUGGUAUCAUCGUGACCCGGAUGUGGAUGCACCGGCUACUCUGGUUCAGAAAUUCUGGUAUGAUGUGUUUCAGGCGCGUCAAUGGAUGCGCGAGCCGACGACGUUUUUUGCUUUUAAAACUGCUGCAGGUACAGUCCUCUUAGCCAUACCUGUGUAUCUUCCGAAUACUGCAGAAUGGUUUAUCGAAUGGCGGUUUCAAUGGUGUUUGAUUAUCCUCAUGUUAUGGAUGGUACCUAGCACGGGCAUGUUCUUUUACUCGCUUUUGAUGAAAACGUUGGGAACCGCAGCUGGCGGUGUACUAGGCAUUGUGGUAUGGGAAAUCAGCCAGGGAAACCCAUACGGUCUGGGCAUCGUUAUGUAUGUGGUCCUCGUUAUUGUAUAUUACAACAUGAUGUAUAGACCCACGCUGCGCGUCUUUUGCAUUGUAACGAUCAUCACCAUGCUCCUGGUUAUUAUUUACGAGUAUCAGUACAGAGUUGGUGGUAUGGUGGGCAAUGAUGAAGUAUGGACCGUUGCAGGAAAGCGAAUGCUUCUGGUAUUAGCAGGUGUCCUUGCAGCUUCUGUCCUCUCAAUGAUCCCAGAGCCCAACGUGGGUCGUGUUGAGCUCCGUAAACGAUUAGCACAGACGCUUCGUGACAUUGGCCGAUUGUACGGCAUUCUCACUUCUCAGUUCAUCGUUGAGUAUGAGGAUCGCUCCUAUCUCAACAAAGAUCAAGCCAAAGGUUUUCGUCGAAUGGUGCUUGGCAUUCAACGUCAACUUGCUGAUGAACGAGUAUUCCUGAAGCAUUCACGUUUUGAACCUCCUUUACGAGGCCGCUUCCCCUUUGAAGUCUACAAAACUGUAUUGGAAAAAGUCGAUAAUAUGGCCGAUCUCGUGGCAGACAUGGGCUUUGCAGUAAAAGAUCUGAGCCCAGUUUGGCGUCGACAGAUUGCCGCGACAUUGAACAAAGAACGUCGCCAUUAUCUUGCAUCCAUCAUGACGACGAUCAAACUAUUAUCUGCGACACUUGCAGCCAAAAUGGCAUUACCGCCUUACAUGAUUUCACCUGGUACAGCUCGUCGUCAGUUUGUACAAGCACUGGACAGUAACGUCCGCCUAAUUCCGGAAGAUUUGACGAACCCAUCGUUCCUGCGCUAUAGUACAUAUGUCGUAACGAGCGGUACCUUUGUACAAGAACUUCAGGAUUUGCUAGACGCAGUAGAAGAUCUUGUUGGAGUUGAAGAUCCGCAGGAAUGGCUUCGCCUCCAUGUAUAGACGAUGAUGUUAGAUACCUGUUCGUAUGUAAUUUGUAUAUAUUGCGUUUCUCUGUAUUACUAUUAUCAAUAAUUUCUUCACAUAGUACAUAAAGCAAGUGCCACUUCUUUUGAUGGAAAGAUGGAGUGAAAUCAAAAGUUCAUAUUUUGC